AUGAUUGAGGUGAUUCUGAACGAUCGUCUCGGCCGGAAAAUCCGAGUAAAAUGCAAUCCGGACGACACCAUCGGUGACUUGAAGAAGCUUGUCGCUGCACAGUGUGGAACUCGAGCGGACAAGAUCCGCAUUCAGAAGUGGUACACAAUUUACAAAGAUCACAUCACCUUGGAGGACUACGAAAUCCAUGACGGAAUGGGGCUGGAGCUGUACUACAACUGA